GGAGGGUUGCGCGGAGCGAGUGGCGGCGCGUUUGCAGAAGAGGCCUUGGUUGGCCGAACGGAAUUGCUGCCGGCCUUGCGCCGCCGCCUGAAGCGAGAUGAACACAGAAGCAGAGCAGCAGCUUCUCCAUUAUGCCAGAAAUGGAAAAAGUGAAGAAGUCCAGCAACUAUUGAAAACAAUGAAUGAAGAGGAGGUUACCUUUAAUAUCAACUGCAAAGGCAGAAGCAAAUCUAACUUGGGCUGGACACCUCUUCAUCUUGCAUGUUAUUUUGGGCAUACCAGUGUUGUCAAGGAUUUGCUGAAGGCUGGUGCUGACGUAAAUGUGCUCAAUGACAUGGGAGACACGCCACUGCAUCGUGCAGCCUUCACUGGGCGCAAGGAGGUGGUUAUGCUACUUUUGGAAUACGAUGCUGAUACUUCAGUUGUUAAUGGGAAUGGGCAAACUGCAAAAGAAGUUACACAUGAUAAAGAAAUAAGAGAGAUGCUAGAAGCUGUGGAAAGGACUCAAGAAAGAAAACUCGAGGAACUCCUCCUGGGAGCUGCACGAGAAGGAGAAAUUGGAAGACUCACAGUGCUGUUAAACAGGUCAAAUCCUCCUGACAUCAACUGCACUGAUCAGUUGGGAAACACACCAUUACAUUGUGCAGCAUAUCGUGCCCACAAGCAGUGUGCUUUGAAGCUCCUAAAAUGUGGAGCAGAUUUGAAAAUAAAGAACAAAAAUGGUCAGACACCCCUUGCUUUAGCCCAAGGUGCAGAAAUGAAACAAAUACUUGAAGGGAGCACUGCGAAGGUGAUGAACAAAACUCUAAGGCGAUAUGAAGGACUACUCUGGAAGAGUUCAAGAUUUUUUGGGUGGAAGCCAUACUGGGUAGUACUGGAACAUGGGGUCCUCUCCUGGUAUCAAAAACAGGCUGAUAUUGGAAACAGCAAUCGUCGCCAAGGAUGCAAGCACCUAACACAAGCAGUUUGCACAGUAAAAAGUGCAGAUAGCUGCCUCUUCUCCAUCAAGUGUUUUGACAAUACAGUUCAGAGUUUUAAAGUUCCCAAGAACAACCAACAGACAAGAGAGUACUGGACACAGGCAAUAGAAGAACAUUCGGCAUACAGCACACACUACUGUACUCAAGAACAACUGAGUGAGGAGGAGGAGGAGGAGGAGGAUAUAAUAUCAGUUGUCGAGUUACAAGACUCCCUAAAAAUUGCACAGUCAUGCCAGCAAAGAUUAGAUAAGGAGAUCUCCAGCUUCCUCUCCUUGAUUAAGACAUAUGACACCAGUCAAGGAGUGCCAUCUUCAUUUCUCAGUAAAGCGGAAGAAGUCUCUGAAACAUCAAGAGAAACUUGUGAGGCCCUAAGUAACUGUCUCAAACUCUUCACUAAGCAAGAAGGGGUGAGGAAUCUGAAACUGGAGCAUGAGCAAGAGAAAAACAAGAUCUUAUCUGAAGCACUAGAAACACUAGCCACUGAACACCAUGAAUUAGAGCAGUCACUAGUCAAAGGGUCACCACCUUUGAGCAUUCUUAGUGAGGAACAAUUCUAUGAUGCUGUUUCAGAUUCAGAAUCCGAAAAAUCGUUGAGUGGAUUUGAAACUGUGACCAGUUACUCAUUAGAAGACAGUGUGGAUUCUAGUGACACUAUAAUAUCUAACAUGUCCGAAGAAACAGCCUGUAAAAGUGGAGAAACUCUAUCAAAUGGCAUCAAAAAGCACAGGACAAGCUUGCCCUCGCCAAUGUUUUCUAGAAAUGAUUUCAGUAUUUGGAGUAUCUUGAGAAAGUGCAUUGGAAUGGAGCUGUCCAAGAUCACUAUGCCAGUAAUUUUUAAUGAGCCCCUGAGUUUCCUACAGCGACUGACGGAAUACAUGGAGCAUACAUACUUAAUUCAUAAAGCCAGCUCACUUUCUGACCCAGUUGAAAGAAUGAAGUGUGUGGCUGCCUUUGCUGUCUCCGCUGUUGCCUCGCAGUGGGAACGUACAGGAAAACCAUUCAACCCAUUACUUGGAGAGACAUAUGAACUGGUCAGGGAGGAUCUUGGAUUCAGACUCAUCUCAGAGCAAGUUAGUCAUCAUCCACCAAUCAGUGCUUUUUAUGCUGAAGGACUGAAUAAUGACUUUGUAUUUCAUGGCUCCAUUUAUCCUAAACUCAAGUUCUGGGGAAAGAGUGUUGAAGCAGAACCUAAAGGAAUAAUAACUCUAAAACUUCUUGAGCACAAUGAGGCAUACACAUGGACAAACCCUACAUGUUGUGUGCAUAAUAUUAUUGUAGGAAAGCUUUGGAUUGAGCAGUAUGGGAAUAUGGAGAUAACCAAUCACAAAACUGGUGAUAAAUGUUUGCUAUAUUUCAAGCCCUGUGGACUUUUUGGAAAGGAAUUACAUAAAGUUGAAGGCUACAUUCAAGAUAAAAGCAAAAAGAAACUUUGUGCACUAUAUGGAAAAUGGACUGAGUGUUUGUACAGUGUCGAUCUUACUACAUUUGAAGCUUACAAAAAGAAUGACAAGAAAAACACGGAAGAGAAGAAAAAUAGCAAACAGUUGGGCAGUUCCGAUGAACCAGAUGAGAUGCCCUUGCCAGAUUCAGAAAGAGUGUAUGUUAUUCCUGGAAGUGUGUUACUGUGGAGGAUAGCUCCAAGGCCUUCAAACUCAACACAGAUGUACAACUUCACUACCUUCGCUAUGGCUUUGAAUGAAUUGGAUCAUGGAAUGGAAAGUGUUAUUCCUAAAACAGACUGCAGGUUAAGGCCUGAUAUAAGAGCCAUGGAAAAUGGUGAAAUAGAUGUAGCCAGUGAAGAAAAGAAAAGGCUUGAAGAAAAACAGAGAACUGCUCGUAAAAAUAGAUCUAAAUCAGAUGAAGAGUGGAAGACUAGGUGGUUCCAUCAAGGUACUAAUCCCUACAUUGGUGGCCAUGACUGGAUUUAUUCUGGGAACUAUUGGGACAGAAACUACUUCAGCUUGCCUGAUAUUUAUUAAAAUGCAUUUGGAAAGUGAGGCUAACACAAAUGUCUUAAUUGGUUUUCAGUGUUUUUCUUUGCUCUUAAACUCUUAGAAAAAUAAACUGACAAGUUUAAUUGAAUGUACUGUUAUGCAGCUCCUGCAGCAGCUAUGGUGGCACAAGAUUGUUGUUGGGAGUUGCUUUUGUCACGCUCCCUCUAUUACACUAUGCAUACACAUACGUCCAUUACAGGUGCUGAACUUCAGAGAGAGAGCACGGUACCUAUAUUUGCUGAAGGAGACAACUAAUAUUCAGCUCAAGGACAAAUGAAAUAUGGAACACCUGGUUUUCUGUGUUUCUCUUUGGUCAGUGAUAGUUCUAUUGGCAUAAUGGAAUUUAAGGCCUCUUAUGAUACAGAAAUAUCAAAAGCACACUCAUGAAAUGCAAUACUAUUAUGGCUUGGAGCCACAUAAGGGCAUGCCACUCUUAAGAAAUACUCAACUUUUUCUGAAGGUGACAUUCCAUUGCUUCAUAAAAAAUACUGGAUUAUGGAUAGUGAGUCUUAAAAAAUUACUAUCUUUGCACCAGUCUGCUCUUGCCAUUCAUCCCUAGGUACUGAGUAACUGGUAAUAUUACUCAGUAGUGUCUAUCUCAUGUUUAGUGCAGUGUUUUGAAUUACUGCUUCCAUGUUUUAUUACCAUGCUUAUCUCUUUAAGGAAUUAAGAGCCAUUUCAAUCUUUGGAAGUUUAAUUUGAACUAAAAUGAAGUUUUUUAAUAACAAAAUCUGCAAUGCACUAAGAAGUACCCAGCACUGUCAGAAGUAGGGGUGGUAGGCAAUUUUCCUAAGCAAAAGGAUGAUAUCUUUCAAAUGCACCUGAUCAUUGGCUGUCAGAAGCAAACUCUUGAAGGAGGUUGUGUGCAUUUCAAAGGCCAGUAAGGCAGCUCUGAGAUUACUGUAUACAGCAGAUUUACCCCUUUGUUUGGGGUACAUUAAACUUUAUGGGAUUAUAUAUUUGUAUAAAACAGAGUAUAUGAACUCCAGAGGGCUUGCUGCUCUUGCGUAAUUUAAUUGCUGUUUGGAAGUAUACUGUUAACUGAAUAUUUAAUUACUAUUAAAUAAAAGCUUUAAACUGUC